AUGUCUAGCCAGUUCGAGAAGGGUCAUCAAAUACCCAUUUCAUACCAAUCUACGCCGGGAUUGCAACACGAGAUGGUUGGACAAGACGCGAUUAACGACCAUUUACCCGCAGCAAAUGGAGGAUCUCAGCCAUACUUACCCUCGGGAAAGCUUCGAGGGAAAAAGGCCUUGAUAACCGGUGGUGAUUCAGGAAUUGGUCGAGCCAUAGCCAUUCUCUAUGCUAUGGAAGGCGCAGAAUCUACUAUAGUCUACCUUCCCGAGGAGGAUCAAGAUGCCCAGGAGACGACAAGGCUUGUUGAGUCUAGGGGAGGCAAAUUACACCUUAUCCAGGCCGAUCUGCAAGGCCAGAAAGCAUGUGCAGACGUUGUGACAAAGGCUAAGGAUCUGAUGGGAAGUAUCAAUAUUCUGGUGCUGAAUCAUGGAUAUCAGAUGAUGAAGGAAGAUAUAUCUGAACUUAAUGAGGAACAAUGGGUCAAGACAUUCAAUAUCAACGUACACCCUUUCUUUUUCCUCUCAAAAUAUGCGCUUGGCUCUAUGUCAAGCGGCGACAGUAUCCUGACGUGUGCUUCGGUUAAUCACUAUGUUGGACGACCAGAUCUUCUUGACUAUAGCGCCACAAAAGGUGCUAUAAUUGCAUUCACACGCGCACUCUCUAACCAGCUGAUCGAGAAGGGUAUACGUGUUAAUGCCGUUUGUCCUGGCCCGAUUUGGACGCCCCUCAUCCCAGCGACUAUGAACGAGAAAGCGCAGAAAGACUUUACUUCUCCCAUGGGAAGACCAGGUCAGCCAAGUGAAGUAGCAACUUGUUUUGUUUUUUUAGCUAGCCAAGAUAGUAGCUUUAUAAGCGGGCAAUGCUUGCAUCCUAAUGGUGGUGUGAUUGUAGGUAGUUAA